UCGGUCGUGCUGUUAGCAAACUGGGGAAAUGGAGAGUGAAUGUCGAGACGAGCAACGCACUGCUGCUGUGUUCGGAACAUGGGACCAUAUUUACAUUUUAUAACAGAAAGCAUAAUGGACAUGUAGCUGCAGGGAACCAUGGCUAUUUUCAGACCGCUCAUCCUCCUGCUCUGGAAGAACAUCACAUACCGCAGGAGAAACAAGACUCAGCUGAUCAUUGAGAUCCUCUGGCCGCUGUUCCUCUUCGUCAUCCUCAUCUGUGUUCGUCACUCUCACCGUCCUUACAAGCAGAGCCAAUGUCACUUUCCAAACAAAGCCUUGCCUUCAGCAGGUACCUUGCCCUGGAUUCAGGGCAUUAUCUGCAACAUCAACAACCCCUGCUUUCACAACCCGACACCAGGGGAGGCACCGGGCCAAGUUGGCAACUUUGACAAUUCCAUAUUGUCUCGUUUGUUCAUGGACGUUCAGACUGUUUUGUCCUACAGUGGACACAGGAGCUUUUCUGGCUUUCAGGAUCUGGUGACGAGCGUCCGGAGGUUGGGAGAGAGACCUGAAGCCUGGCCAAACCUCCCAGUAGCAGAAUACCUGCAAGCCAAUGAGACAUUCUCCACCUUCCUACUGACCAAUGGCAGCCUGUCCCCUUCAACAGUGAACCUGCUGCUGAACGCUCAUCUCAAUUUGCAGGUUGCUCUGGCUGGUGCCCAGAUGUCAUUGAAGGAUUUGGUUUGUAACACCAGCACACUGGGUCAGUUUCUCACAGUGGAUGGAGAUAUAGAUGUCAUGACAGAGCUUCAGUCACAGUUGUGUGAGCUGCCAGCAGAAAUCCUGGAGCAAGCUGAGCGGUUGUUUCUCUCUCAGCUCGACUUUACCAAGCUUUUUACGAGAGAACGUCUAAUGUCUAAUGUUGGCGACCUCAGAGUCAUCAGCCAAGCUGUCAUCUCAGUUGCCCAGGAAAUGGCCAUCCUUAUGGAUGAUUUCUCCUCCCUCUCCAGCUUCAUGGAGAUGAGUGCAGCACUCCGUCUCUUGUCUUCAGAAAACCGAACGACGCUGUCCCAGGAGAGUUUACAGGCUUUUUCAAGGAUCAUGUGUGGGCACCCUGAAGUUGGAGGGGAGCGCAUCCCAUCACUCAACUGGUAUGAAGACAAUGACAUCAAGUCUUUCUUGGGCAAGAAUGGCACGGAGGACACCGAUUUCGACCGUGACAACACCACCACACCUUUUUGUAAAAGUUUGAUCAGAGGCCUGGAGUCCAACCCUUUAUCCAAGAUUGUGUGGCGAGGAAUUAAACCUCUGUUCAUUGGAAAACUCCUGUAUACUCCAGACACUCCUACAGUGCAGUUAGUCAUGAAAGAGGUGAACAAGACAUUUGAGGAUCUUCUGAUCCUCCGGGACCUGAAUGCAGCCUGGAUAGAAGUGGGGCCACAAAUCAAGAACUAUAUGGAGAGCAGUGUGGAAAUUCGCCUGCUGCAGGAUUUGUUGAGACGCCCAGAGAUUGCAGUCUUAGUCAACUUGCGGCUGGAAAACACAUCUUGGACAGCAUCACGGAUUGCUUCCUUCCUUUCUACACCAUUGAGUGAUACCCCUAGAACAAAAGGAGCACCCCCUACCUGGUUGGAUGUCUAUAGUGACCUCAACCACACCAUCACCACCCUGGCGCAAGUUACAGAGUGUUUCUCUCUGAACAAACUGGAGGGGGUGCAAACAGAGGGUCAACUGGUUGACAGAGCGUUGGAGUUACUGGAGGACAGGCAGUUUUGGGCAGGUGUGGUUUUACUUCUGCCCAACUCCUCCUCUUCUGGGCUGCCACGACAUGUCACCUAUAAGAUUCGGAUGGACAUUGAUGAUGUGACACGAACCAAUAAGAUCAAAGACCGGUUUUGGGAUCCUGGUCCAGCAGCUGACCCCUUCAGUGACAUGCGCUACAUUUGGGGUGGCUUUGUGUACGUCCAGGACUUGGUAGAAAGGGCUCUGACUUGUGUGCUGACUGGUGUGCAGCAGACCACCGGCCUCUACAUCCAGCAGAUGCCAUACCCCUGCUAUGUGGAUGAUAUUUUCCUUCGAGUGCUGAAUCGCUCCUUGCCACUCUUCAUGACACUGGCCUGGAUCUACUCUGUGGCGAUGAUCAUCAAGGGUGUGGUGUAUGAGAAGGAAGCAAGGCUGAAAGAAACCAUGAGGAUUAUGGGUCUGGGCACAGGAACUUUGUGGCUCAGCUGGUUCAUCAGCAGCAUGGUUCCUUUCCUGGUCUCUGCAGUACUUCUUAUUGCUAUGUUAAAGUGGGGGGACAUCCUGCCAUACAGUGACCCAGCUGUUGUGUUUUUCUUCUUGACUGCUUUUGCCACCGCCACGAUCAUGCAGUGCUUCCUCAUCAGUACCUUCUUCUCCAAGGCCAACCUGGCUGCUGCCUGUGGCGGACUCAUUUAUUUUGGGCUCUACCUCCCCUACGUACUGUGUGUUGCCUGGAGAGACCGCCUCAGCACAGCCCACAAAGUCUUGGGAAGUUUCCUGUCUCCUGUGGCAUUUGGGUUCGGUUGCGAAUAUUUUGCUCAGUAUGAGGAGCAAGGUGUUGGUAUCCAGUGGGAGAACCUUCAUGCCAGUCCAGUGGAAGGAGACACUUACAACUUCACCACCUCCAUAGGCAUGCUUUAUGUUGAUGCUGCAAUCUACGCUCUUGCAGCUUGGUACAUCGAAGCUGUCUUCCCUGGUGAAUAUGGGAUCCCCAGGCCCUGGUAUUUCAUCUUCCAGAUAAACUACUGGGGAGGAGUUCCUUUGGAGGCGGGUUUACCAAUACCACCUGCGCCUGCUGAAGAGAAUGAUGAUCACAUUGAGCCAGAACCCAGUCACCUCAUCCUGGGUGUGAAUAUCAGAAAUCUGGUGAAAAUUUACAAACGUGGAGCCAAACUCGCCGUAAAUCACCUCAACCUGAAGUUCUACGAGGGGCAGAUCACCUCGUUCCUCGGCCACAACGGAGCUGGCAAGACCACCACCAUAUCUGUCCUAACUGGCCUGUUCCCUCCCACCUCGGGGACAGUGUACAUCAAAGGGUUGGACAUCCGCACUGACAUGGAUAUCAUCCGGACAAUGCUGGGAGUUUGUCCUCAGCACAAUGUCCUCUUUGAUAUACUAACCGUUGAAGAGCAUGUGUGGUUUUAUGGCCGUCUGAAGGGUUUGUCUGAUGCAAAGGUAAAGGCUGAGCUGGACACACUGUUGGAUGACGUCGGCCUGCUGCACAAGCGACAUGAGCAGACCAAAAACCUCUCCGGUGGCAUGCAGAGGAAGCUGUCGGUGGCAAUAGCAUUCGUUGGCGGCUCAAAGGUUGUUGUUCUGGAUGAACCUACAGCUGGUGUAGACCCUUACUCUCGCAGAGGGAUUUGGGAUCUUCUGCUCAAAUACCGCAAAGACCGGACCAUUAUCUUGUCGACGCACUACAUGGAUGAGGCUGAGUUGCUUGGUGACCGGAUUGCAAUAAUCUCCCAGGGGAAGCUGUGCUGCUGCGGGUCACCACUGUUUCUGAAAUCCCGCAUGGGAUCUGGGUACUACCUCACUGUGGUCAAGAGGGAGGGGCUGGACACCAGUUUACCCAGCAGUACCAGUAUCAGCACCAGUGCCAGCAGUAACAAGCUGCCUCCUCUCACCAAGGACACCGAAUCGUCCAUGAGUGUGGACACUGGGCUGGGAAGUGAGGAGAGCACCACAUACCUGGCAGCGUUGCUUUCUCUGGUACAACACCACAUCCCAGGUGCCAGACUGGUAGAGGAGUCAGGGCGUGAGGCGGUGAUCAACUUGCCCCAGGCAGCUGCAAAGGACAGCAGCCUGGCUGUCUUCCUGUCCGAACUGGAUCAAAAACUGACUGAGCUGGGCAUCAGCAGCUACGGAGUGUCAGACAGCACACUAGAGGAGAUCUUUCUACAUGUAGCAGAAGAAACUGGGGUGGAUGUUGAUCCAGAGCUGCAGGCUAAACCUUCCUGUACCCACCAGCCUCAGAGAGGUCAGCGACAGCCGCAUGAAGAUCCAGAAACUGAUCCCCAAGAGACAGACCUUCUGAGUGGAGAUGGCCUAGGUGGGAUACCUGUGACCGGCUGCUGGUUGACCUGGCAGCAACUGAAAGCUCUCUUCAUUAAACGCUGGCUUUAUGCUCGGAGAAGCCGCAGAGGCUUGUUUGCUCAGAUUGUCCUGCCUGCUGUGUUUGUGUUGGUUGCUUUGCUCUUCAGCCUCAUUGUACCUCCCUUUGGGAAGUACCCCGCUCUGCAGCUCCAGCCCUGGCUGUAUGGCGAGCAGUACACUUUCUUCAGCAAUGAUGCUCCAGGGAAUCCAGUCAUGGAGAACCUUCUGGAAGCUCUGCUGGACAAACCAGGCUUUGGUACCAAGUGUAUGCAGAAAGGUGAAGAGGAUAAUAGCAUGAACUCUAAAUGUGAAGUUGAGGGAGGGGACUUGUUCAUACGGCCCCAGGUCCCCUACUCUACAUGGCAGAUGUUCACUCAAGGCAAUUUUAGCAUGGAGAACCCCUCACCUGAAUGUGAGUGUAGCACUGAGGAAAUCCAGCGGAUGCUCCCAGACUGCCCACAGGGUGCCGGUGGGCUGCCACCUCCUCAGAUUAAGAGGCUGACUGGAGACAUCCUUCAAAAUCUAACAAGUUAUAACAUCACUGAUUACCUGGUGAAAACCUACUCACAGAUCCUCAAGAAAAGCUUGAAAACCAAGAAAUGGGUGAACGAAUUCAGAUAUGGAGGCUUCUCCCUUGGGGGCAGCGCCACAAGAGCUUUAACCCGGGUCCACGAUGUCCAGGACUCAGUCACGACGAUCAGGGCUCGUUACAGAGUACCUGAGAAUGGAUCACUAGAUCAUCUGCUAGACCAGCUGCCAAAUUUUCUAGGAGAACUGAACAGUCCAAACAACGUGAAGGUGUGGUAUAAUAACAAAGGCUGGCACGCCAUGGUGUCAUUUGUUAAUGUGAUAAACAACGGUCUGCUGAGAGCCAGCCUCCCACAAGGACCGGAGCGAAGAAAACAUGGAAUCACUGCCUACAACCACCCACUUAACCUCACUAAGGAGCAGCUCAGUGAAAUCGCCAUGAUGACCACAUCGGUGGACGUUCUGGUUUCGAUCUGCGUGAUAUUUGCCAUGUCCUUUGUACCGGCCAGCUUUGUCCUUUUUCUGAUUGAAGAGCGAGUCAGCAAAGCAAAACACCUUCAAUUUGUCAGUGGGGUCAAGCCAGUGCUCUACUGGCUGGCCAACUUCACCUGGGAUAUGUUGAACUACACAGUCCCAGCCACCAUGGUGGUGUUGAUCUUUAUUGCUUUCCAGCAACAAUCAUAUGUCUCUGAGACCAACCUGCCUGCCCUUGUCCUGCUCCUCCUGUUCUACGGGUGGUCCAUCACCCCUCUGAUGUACCCAGCAUCCUUUGUGUUCACUGUCCCCAGCACGGCCUAUGUGGUUCUGACCUCCAUCAACCUCUUCAUUGGAAUCAAUGGCAGCGUUGCCACAUUUGUCCUUGAGCUGUUUGUGGAUGAGCACCUGAAUGAGGUUAACAGGAUCCUGAAGAAGGUGUUCUUAAUUUUUCCUCAUUUCUGUCUGGGAAGAGGGCUUAUCGACAUGGCCAAGAACCAGGCCAUGGCAGAUGCCUUCCAGAGACUGGGCACCAAGCAAACGUUGGACCCACUUCAGUGGGAUUUUGUUGGAAAAAAUCUGUUUGCGAUGGCAGUCCAAGGUUUUAUCUUCAUUAUCUUCACCAUACUGCUGCAAUAUAAGUUCUUCAUUCGCUGCAGACCGUGGUGGGUUGAAGCUGAUAUGCCUCCACUUGGUCCAGAGGAUGACGACAUUGCCAGGGAGAGAAAGAGAGUCAAAAGUGGAAAAGCUCAGUCCGACAUCCUCACAGUAAUGGACCUCAGCAAGGUUUACAAAGUUGGCAGAAAGCCGGCAGUGGAUCGUCUCUGCCUUGGAAUUCCCAGAGGCGAGUGUUUUGGUCUUUUGGGCGUUAAUGGAGCAGGAAAGACCUCAACAUUUCGAAUGCUGACUGGAGACACACCCAUUACCUAUGGAGAGGCUUUCCUCCAGCACCACAGUGUUUUAACAGAGAUGGAGCGAGUCCACCAGCUGAUGGGUUACUGUCCCCAAUUUGAUGCCAUCAGUGACCUGCUCACAGGUAGAGAACACCUGGAACUUUACGCUCGCCUGCGGGGCAUUCCAGAAGCAUCUGUCGCCAAGGUGGCUCAGUGGGGGCUGAAGAAACUGGGACUGAUGCAGUACGCAGAGCGGGAGGCUGGAGGUUACAGCGGCGGAAACAGGAGGAAGCUCUCCACUGCCAUUUCCCUUAUCGGGGCGCCACCCAUUAUAUUCCUGGAUGAGCCCACCACGGGCAUGGACCCAAAGGCCAAAAGGUUUCUGUGGAACUGUAUUGUCAGUGUUACCAAAGAGGGAAGAGCUGUAGUUCUCACUUCUCACAGUAUGGAGGAAUGUGAGGCACUCUGUACCAGAAUGGCCAUCAUGGUCAAUGGCCGGUUCCAGUGUCUUGGAUCUGUACAGCACCUGAAGAACAGGUUUGGUGACGGCUACACUAUCAUUCUUCGUUUGUCAGACAAUAAAUCCAGCCUGGAUUCAUCUUCCGUCAACACCUACAUCAAGGACUCGUUCCCCGCCAUCGAGUUGAAAGAACGGCACCAGAAUGUGCUGCAGUACCAGCUGUCCUCACAUGCCUGCUGUUUGGCUCAUGUGUUUGAUGUGCUGGCCAACAAUUAUGAGGAGCUGGGCAUAAUUGACUUCUCUGUUUCACAGACCACCUUGGACCAGGUCUUUGUCAACUUUGCCAAGGAGCAGACUGAUGAUGAUAACCUUACAGAUGUAGUCAUUAACAACGGGAGCAUACGAACCAAUCGGGCUGUCACGCCCAACCGGAUUAACCCUCCCACUCUCCAAUCACAGCCGCCAAUCAAACUUCGUCAGCCAAACAAGGCUGCAACAUCCAGCAAUAAAUCAUCUAACAGUAAACUUCAAGAGACAAAAUCAAAAAAUGUAAAAACCAAAAAGGUUAAAUCAGGUGAUAGACAAUCUAAAGGGGCCAAUCCAAGAGGAGAAAAGUCUGAAAGUAUUGCAUUGACAAAAAUGCCACCGUUGGAGGAGAAGCUCCAGGAGAAGACUGAGAGAAGCAAUAGGAGCAGCAGUGGGUCAAACAGUAGUAAUGGUUGUAUUCAAGGAGAAUCCAGCAACUUCAUAGUUAAAGCAUCCAAAGACAGAGUGGAGAAGAAAGAUCCUGCUGCACUUUUUAUAGUCAGCAGCAACAAGAAGGACUGAGUGCUUUAAGGCAGACUGGUAUAACAUCUCAGACAUUUUGUCAGUUUGAAGAGAAAAAAGGAAGUCUGGAGAGAUCACUCUGCCAGGACGGAUUAUAAAUGGACUGAGGCAUCCUUAUUGUUUCAGGCUACACAAAUAAACUCAUGUUCAACUGAAUGUUGGACAAUGUUGCCAGUGACCUCACUAUGCAGAGGACAACCUCUAGCUGGACUCUAUCAUUAUCAAGUAGACAGCAUCAUGAAUAAUGUAAGCAAAUCUAAAUCGAAUUGGAAAAUGUAAGGUCCAGCUCCCAUUUUAAAGAAUGAGGACAUGGUAUUGCUUCCAAAUAAUUAUUUGUGCCUUUUUCAUCUUUCAGAGGUCUAAAGCUUUAUGUUUUUAACUCUGUUGCACUGUUGGACGUGUAAUUGGCUAUUUAUUACGAGAGAAUGACUCGUUUCAGUGUAAUGAGAGAACAUGGUGUUCCUCAGGGCUCCAUUAUCAGACCUUUCCUAAUCUCAGUUUCUUUUAUGUAGAAAGCACUUUAAAAAACAAAAUGCUGCACACAUUCAAACAGUAGCUAUACAUUGUUACAUGUAACAAUUAAAAUUUAUUUUUGUAUAUCAGCGAGCAUUUGAAUAGAUUCUAAUUACUUUGACAAUACUAUUUCAGUAUUGGGGAAGAAACAGUUUCUGGUUUCUAAUGAUUUGGAUUACAACAUUGUGGUGUUCCUUGUGAUUGCUUCAACCUCUGAGUGUUAAUUGUGCAACCCAGACGGAACCCAUUCAAAGAACAAAUUUUAAAAUACCAUAUUACAGUUGGUAAGACAGGGUCCUACUUAGUACACUGUACCUGUCAUGUGAAAA